AUGUCUUUCUUCUCGGGUGCCUCGAGUACAACAGUAGGAGGCACUGCGAACACGUCCUCAGCAGCGGAAAAGGAUGUCGAAGUGGUGGAACCUCCCUCAGAUUCAAUCUCCUCUCUGUCGUUCUCAGGACAGGCAGACUAUUUAGCAGUGGGAAGUUGGGAUAACAGCGUUCGAAUCUAUGAAGUGAACCCCAAUGGUCAAACGCAAGGAAAGGCCAUGUAUCAACAUCAAGGUCCCGUUUUGGAUGUCUGCUGGAACAAGGAAGGAACUAAGAUUUUCUCUGGAGGCGCAGACAAUGCGGGACGUAUGUUCGACGUGACCACAGGCCAGGCUGCACAGGUCGCGCAACAUGACGCGCCUGUGAAGGUGGCAGCCUGGGUUGACGUGCCUGGCGCUGGAAUAUUAGCGACAGGUAGUUGGGAUAAAACCAUCAAGUACUGGGACCUUCGCACACCGAACCCUGUGGCUACUGUUCAACUCCCUGAAAGGUGCUACACCUUCGAUAUCCAAUACCCUCUCAUGGUUGUUGGGACAGCCGAACGCCACAUUCAAAUCUUCAAUCUAAGCAAUCCUAACACAGCGUACAAGACUAUGACUUCACCAUUGAAAUGGCAGACGCGUGUCAUUUCUUGCUUUACAGGAUCGCCAGCAAAUAGCGGGUUCGCUGUAGGAAGUGUUGAGGGCAGGGUGGCAAUCCAAUAUGUCGAGGAUAAAGACUCUCAGAGCAACUUCUCCUUCAAAUGCCAUCGCCGAGACAGCUCCCCUAACUCCAAAGAUCAAGCGCUGGUCUACUCUGUCAACGACAUCUCAUUCCAUCCUGUGCAUGGAACUUUCUCUACUUGCGGUUCGGAUGGUACAAUCCACUUCUGGGACAAGGACGCCCGUACUCGCCUAAAGUCUUUUGACCCUGCCCCUGGUCCCAUUGCCACGACCGCAUUCAAUCGCACUGGCAACAUCUUUGCAUAUGCUGUCUCGUACGAUUGGUCAAAGGGUCACUCGGGUAUGACGCCUGGUGCUCCUAAUAAGAUCAUGCUCCACUCUUGCAAGGACGACGAAGUCAGAAAGAGGCAAAGAAAGUAA